AUGAACCCGUUCCCCAAGAAAACUCCGGUGGACUCGGACCAUUCUGAUGUUCGGACCCAAUUCUUCUUCGACGUCCCAAAUGGUGUUUCCCAAUUCCUCUUGUUCCUUACGAAAACGCCACUCUCGAAGGAGGAGGUCCGAACCCCCAAUGUCAACACACCCUGUUGCAUAGAGACUGGCCUCAACGAGCUGGUCACGGCAGGAAGAGCAUACUUCCCGUCGAUCGAUGGCUCGACAUGGGUUUCUUUGCCUCCAGAUGGCCACGUUGGCUGGUCGAACAUCUGUGGAGCUGCAGGCUGGAUGAAAUUUGAAGGGGGAAGGCCUGCCCCUGACAAAGACAGACAUGUCGACUUGAAAACAGUUAAAGAGAUCAUUGGACUUUGGGGUAGAUGCGCAGCAAUGGUUCCCGAUCUGGAGGGACCACAUUUUGGCAAUAGCUCUCCAGAAGCCAUGAGCAUGCCCGGAACUCACCUAAACACCAUCUAG